AUGGAUUCGGGAGCGAAGAAAAGCCGUGGCCGUCAAAAGAUCGAGAUGAAGAAAAUGAGCAACGAGAGUAACCUCCAAGUCACAUUCUCCAAGCGCCGCAGCGGGCUUUUCAAGAAGGCCAGUGAGCUCUGCACCCUCUGCGGGGCCCAUGUGGCGCUGGUGGUGUUCUCUCCCGGCGAGAAGGUGUUCUCCUUCGGCCACCCCAAUGUGGACGCGGUGAUCGACCGUUUUCUGGGGCGGGCUCCUGCUCCGGAGUCCGGCACCAUGCAGUUCAUUGACGCCCACCGCAUCUCGAACGUGCGUGACCUGAACAAGCAGCUUACUCAGGUGAACGACCUGCUGGAGACGGAGAGGAAGCGCGGGGAGGAGCUGAACCGGUUGAGGAAGGAGGCGCAGGAGCUGAUGUGGUGGACCCGCCCCACGGAGGAGCUGAGUGUGGAGCAGAUGGAGCAGUACAAGGCUGCGUUGGAAGAGCUGAAGAAGCACGUGGCGCAACUUGCUGAGAGGGCCAUGCUUCAGAAUGCUGUAAACCAGGGUCAUCAGUUUUUCCCUGGGGCUUCUUCCUCUGCCAAUUUCGUGCCUCAGCCUCAGCCUCAGCCUCAGCCUCAGCUUCAGCCUCUGCCUCAGCCUCCUCAGGGGUUCAGUGCACCGACCCUUCCUACCAUGCUUCAGAACUAUAUGUUCCCUGAUUCAACCAUGAUGCAGCAGCACCACGGGUUCGAUAACAUGGGGAUGGGAGGUUAUGGACCUGGACCUGCUUCUGCGGGUGGUUUCUUCUGA